UCUACUCUUCAGAUUGAUUUGCUUUGAUCAAAAUAUUCCACGCAAUUAUCUACCAUCACCAGCGACCGCCACUUUCAUCAUGGCAACCGAACAAGGAAAGCCACCGUAUCCACCGUUUACCUUGGAAUCGGCCAGAGUCAAGGUCAAGGCUGCUCAAGAUGCGUGGAAUACCAUGAACCCUGAAGUUAUUCAAAUGGCGUAUACGCCUGAUUCUAUCUGGCGCAAUCGGGAUCAGUUCCUUCAGGGUCGCGCUGCCAUCAAAACCUUUCUGACUAAAAAGUGGGAGAAAGAGAAGAACUAUCGACUGCGGAAGGAGCUGUUUGCAUUUACAGACAAUAAAAUUGCAGUUCAAUUCUGGUAUGAAUGGCAGGACAGUGCUGGGCAAUGGUGGCGUACCUACGGACUCGAGGAUUGGACAUUUGCAGAGAAUGGGCUGAUGAGGAAGAGACAGAUGAGUGGAAAUGACGUCAAGAUUGGAGAUACUGAGAGGUGGUUCAAAGAAGGAAUUGAUGUCAAUGAGGUGGCCAUUUCGGAGGAGCAUUGGUAAAUGUCCAUUGAUUAUCUUGCUUUUUCGAGCAUUCGAUACCUCGCUACUUAUUCCUUCAUUUUUGUCAUCUCGCUAAUGCAGGUUGUUUAUUACAACACUUGUGACUUACCUAUCGACUGUAGAUGCCAUGGGAGGCUGAUGCCGUUUCAACGGUCAUGGAUUACGACA